AUGAACAGGAGCAAAAUUUGGAGCAAGCUAUUGCUUACUAUGAUAAAGCAUCUGAUCUUUUUCAAGGUGAAGGAAGUAACAACUUCUGCAAACCAAUGCAAGCAGAAAAUCGCACAAUUUUCAGCUCAAUUGGAACAAUAUCAGAAAGCUAUAGAGAUAUAUGAAGAGAUAGCAAAACAGUCUCUGAAUAAUAACUUGCUAAAAUAUGGAGUGAGAGGGCAUUUAUUAAAUGUUGGGAUUUGCCAACUCUGUAAAGGUGAUGGAAACACUGGAGGUGAAGAUCGUGAUGCCUCCAUUGAUGCUUUUAAUAAGCCAGGAGUGAUGCAAUGUCCAAACUGUAGGAAAAUUGAGAAAGGUCGGUGGCUUUAUGCAUAUGGUUGUCGACCAUAUCCUGAAUUCAGUAUGGAUGACUGGACACAUGAUGAAGAUCUGUAUGAUUUCAGCUAUUCUGAAUCAUCAAUGUGGUGCUCCUUUGGUGGAUUUACUCGGCUUACUGCCUCUUUUGAUGAAAAUCUGACCCUUAAGUCUGAGAUUAACCGACUCACUGACAACUCAGAGAAACUCAAGCUUCAAAACGCCAAACUAACUGAAAAACUGAGGAACGUGCAAGAAGAAAAUGACACAGAAGAUAAGAAAAGAUUUGGUGAUCGGGUUGCAUUGGUGGGUCCACAUCAUGACCCACCUACAAAUAUGACAUACAACCAGGUAGAGGAGGAUAUUUUGAAUUUCUCUGAAGGUUUAAGAGUUAUUGGAAUCAAACCAUGUGAAAAAGUUGCACUCUUUGCUGACAAUUCAUGCAGAUGUCUUGUUGCUGAUCAAGGUUAUAGCAUACUGACCAAUGCCAAUCAGAAGGAGAAGUUUGAGGCCGACUUGAAGAAGGAGAUUAAGAAACUUCAGAGUGCCUCUUAUGAGCAGGCUCUGAUGGACGCCCGCAAGCUUAUUGAGCGAGAAAUGGAACCAGACAAAAGCUUUCUCCAAAGAAGGCCUAGGACAACAACCCACAACGGAUCCAAAGGAGAAAGAAGCCAAGUCAGAGACUAG